UUAGAAAAAAGCAUAUAUAACAAUAAAACAAAAAAAAAAAUUAAAAAAUUUUAUAAUUAAAUUUUAAUUGAAAAAUACAAAAUGUUUGCAGAUUCAUUCUUUGUUAAAUUAAUGAUAAAAGAAGUAAAAAGUAAUGAUUUUCAUAAUACAUUACUUGUAUUUGUUACAAUUUUAUCAAUAAUAAGUUUAAUACAAUGGCUAUUAAAUACAUAUAAAGAUAUAAAAUCAUUACCGCCAGGACCAUGGGGUUUUCCAAUUGUUGGAUAUUUAACAUUUAUGGGACAUGAAAAACAUACACGUUUUAUGGAAUUAGCUAAAGAAUAUGGUACAUUAUUUUCGGCACGUUUAGGUAGUCAAUUAACGGUUGUUAUGAGUGAUUAUAAAAUGAUAAGAGAAUGUUUUCGUCGUGAUGAAUUUACUGGAAGACCGGAUACACCAUUUAUGCAAACAUUAAAUGGUUUUGGAAUAAUAAAUAGUGAAGGAAAAUUAUGGAAGGAUCAAAGAAGAUUUUUGCAUGAAAAAUUACGUCAAUUUGGUAUGACGUAUAUGGGUUCUGGUAAACAUUUAAUGGAAAAACGUAUUAUGACUGAAGUACAUGAAUAUUUACAUAAUUUACAAAUAUCAUGUAAUGAACCAAUUGAUAUGGGACCAGCAAUAUCAGUUGCUGUUAGUAAUGUUAUAUGUAAUAUUAUGAUGUCAAUACGUUUUUCAAUUGAUGAUCCAAAAUUUCGUCGUUUUAAUUAUUUAAUUGAAGAAGGUAUGCGUUUAUUUGGUGAAAUAACAACAGUUGAUUAUAUACCAACAGUACAAUAUUUACCGGGUAAUUUAAGUGCUAAAAAUAAAAUAGCUAAAAAUCGUGAAGAAAUGUUAGAAUUUUAUCAAGAAGUUAUUGAUGAUCAUAAAAAAACAUUUGAUCCAAAUAAUAUUAGAGAUUUAAUUGAUAUGUAUUUAUCAGAAAUUGAAAAAGCAAAAUUAGAAGGACGUGAUGAAGAAUUAUUUGAUGGAAAAGAUCAUGAACAACAAAUAAUGCAAGUUAUUGCUGAUUUAUUUUCUGCUGGUAUGGAAACAAUUAAAACAACAUUAUUAUGGAUAAAUGUAUUUAUGUUAAGAAAUCCAGAAGAAAUGCGUCGUGUACAAGAAGAAUUAGACCAAGUUGUUGGACGUCAUAGAUUACCAUCAAUUGAAGAUUUACAAUUUUUACCAGUUACUGAAACAACAAUAUUAGAAUCAAUGAGAAGAUCAAGUAUUGUACCAUUAGCAACAACACACUCACCUACAAGAGAUGUUGAAUUGAAUGGUUAUAGAAUUCCAGCUGGUUCACAUGUUAUACCAUUAAUUAAUAGUGUUCAUAUGGAUCCAAAUUUAUGGGAUAAACCAGAAGAAUUCAAUCCAAGACGUUUUUUAAAUAAUGAAGGUAAAGUACGUAAACCAGAAUAUUUUAUACCAUUUGGUGUUGGACGUCGUAUGUGUUUAGGUGAUGUUUUAGCACGUAUGGAAUUAUUUUUAUUUUUUGCAUCAUUUAUGCACACAUUUCAUAUGAGUUUACCAGAUGGUCAACCAUUACCAAGUUUAAAAGGUAAUGUUGGUGUUACAAUAACACCAGAAUCAUUUAAAGUAUGUUUAUCACCUAGACCAUUACAAUUAUCAAAUACAGAUUCAACGCCAUUAAGAAAUUUCGGCUCAAAUUGAAAAUUCGAAAGAAAAAAUUUAAUUAUUGAAAAUAAGAAAUUUUUUCAAUAAAAAAAAGGAUAAUUUAAUAAAGUAUGAAA